AUGACGGAGUACUGGGUCUCCACCGCAAAGCACUACUGCAAAGUGUGCAAAAUCUGGAUUUCUGGGCAUAAGCGCAACAUCACCGUCCAUAAUGGCUCCAAAUUCCAUCUGGAGAAUGAGAAGAAGAUGCUCAAAGAGGGUGAGCGGCGGCUCAAGGAGGAACAGAAGGAGGAGAAGGAAGCUGCUAGAAUCUUGGCUGAGAUGGAACGAGCUGCCGACAAUGCUAUGGGAUUUGUCAGUAGUUCUAGUACUGGAGGAGCAGCAAGUAGUUCUGGUGGGCCGUUGACGCAAGCGGAAAUAAAUGCGCGAUAUGAAGCGACGGUGAUAGGAGGUGGAUCGAGCUCUAGCUCGAGUGGAGGCAAGAAUAAGGCUGGAGGUUUUGGAGGAGGAGGUGGAGGAAAUAAGGGUAUGAACGGCAAAGGGAAAGGCGGCGGUGGUGGUGGUAAGCAGAAGCACAAUCCUAAUUUCAUAGGUCUAGGAGGAAAUCCAGAUCAGCAUCAUGAGGAUGGAGGUGGUCCGAACAACCCCAUUGGCUUUUUGCAGGCUCAAAUAGCGAGAAAGCAGAAGGAGUUGAAGGAAAAGAUCAAGAAAGAUUGGGUCGUUUGUCACGACGCAGAGGAAGAGAAAAACUACUACUUCAACGUGAAAACACAGAAACGUCAAUGGGACAGACCAAAAGGACUAGAUGCUGGGGACUUGAAUGAGGACAAGCCCAUGCUCUGGGUUGCUAUCGAAGUCAAGAAAGAAGAAAAAGAAGCACUCGAACAGGAACAAGAUGACGAUGAAGCUGCUCCUGCAACCUAUUACUACAAUACCCAAACCGGCGAAACAACCUGGGAACGACCGGAGAAAAUGGAAUGGCAAGAUCCUAGCAUUCCAGACGGAUGGGAAGUGGUGGAGGAGAAAGAAUCAGUAUUCGCCAAAAGGAAAUCAAAACGACAGAUAGAAGAGGAUGAAAGAGCAGCGCAAAAAGAACGUGAAAUAAAAAGAGCUAAAUUUGUGGCUGAUGAUCUUCUCGAAAACAGUACCUCAGCUAGAGGUGCUGCGCAUAAGUCCUCUAGCGCACUUGCGCUUUCAACCGAUGGUGGCACUGAACUAGACGGCGUCGCUGAAAUGCGCGACGCGGCAAGAAGGGGUGGCGUCUUCAGCAAAGAGGACUUUGAUUUGGAUGGACAAGCUGCGUCUGCUGCAAGUGUAGCUGCGAGUAGUAAAGCUACCCGAAUGUUCGGCAGCAGAGCAGGAGGAGGGGAACAAACUACUGCAACAGCUACGUUUUUUAACAAAUCUAAAAAGAUUCGAGGUGGAGGAAAUCGUCGCCAACGAACUGAAGAUGAUGAUUGAAGGGACUUCUGAUUCUAAACCCUAAACCCUUGUCAGCCUGCAAUGACGCUGCAGUAGCUCUUUCCAAGAAAAAGGAGCUACGUGACCAUGAUAAAUGCAGAACUCCGUGCUGGCAAGACCCCCUUGAUGUUUCCCAUCCCCACCCACGAAGAAAAAAUGUUUCUCCCUAUCCUAGCCCAAGGACCCAAUAUACAAGCCUUG